AUGUCGUUACCUUUCGCUAAUCAACCUCCGGCCGAUCGGGUGCCCUAUGCCAUCCCUCAGCUGGAGGGUGAGCGCAUCACAAUUCCCGGCAGCAAAGGUGUUUUCCGAAUUCUGACCUCCUCGAAGCAAACUGCCGGUCUGAUGGCCGUUUUCCAGAGCGGAGCUACCCUCUCGGACGCCCCGGGGUUUCAUUACCACAACCAUGCGCACGAUGUCUUCCUUGUCACCAAGGGAUAUUUGAAGCUGUGGAAUGGAGACAAAUGCCGGGUAAUGGGGCCCGGUGAUUUUGCCUAUGUUCCUCCGACAGUCAUUCACAACCCUGAAAUGAUCGGUCCCCAUACAGAAAUUCAGGGCCUGAUUACCCCCGGCGACUGGGUCGAUUUCUUCCGCUAUGUCUCGGAACCCUACGAGGGUAUUCUGGUGCCCGAGACCGACAACCGCGAUUUGAAGUCCAUUCUCAUCCCGAAGGUUAUGGCCGCUAAGGGAAAGUUUGACGUUGUUUUCCAGCCCCACUACGAGCCUCCCGAAGUGAGCGACUGGACCAAAGAUGAUGAGAAACUGCCCGAGGGUAAAGAAGGAUAUUUCUUACGCUCAAAUACCGGGCCCCGCUGGAUGCUGGGAGGCGUGAUGUCUCGACCGUUUGCUACCACCAGACAGAGUGAUGGUCUUUUUGCUAUCUCUAGCAUUGAGUCGUCGAAGGAUUAUGGGGAGACCGUGUUCUCAAAGUACAUGACUUUCGCAUCGGUAGAUCACUGCCUCUGUGUCAUGGAGGGCACUCUCAGGGUUAGUCUGCAGGGAUUCGGGGACUCUCUCUUCCGGGAAGGUGAGACUGUUGUUAUUCCUGCAGGCCAGGCAUUUUCUCUUGGGUUUGAGAGCAGAUAUGUCAAGGUCCACUCCUUCAGCGAUGGUGAUGGUAUCGAGGCUCUGAUCCAUCGGCUGGGUAAGCAGGUUGAGGAGGUCGUUCUGCCAGACCAAGCUCCAGAAUGGGACCCUGCUCAGUUGGAUUCCUUAAAGAAGCAGCUCCACGUGAGCUUCUAG